AUGGAUAAGAUUCUCCCUGGUAUUGUCCAGCCACAGAAGACAGCUCCAGACGAGGAUCUGAACGCGAAAGACAGCGGUAGCCCUAUCAUCUCAGAUGUCCUACCCAAGACCAAGGGCAUCAAUAUCUUUGCGCGGUUGACCCGUGACUUUGAGCCAGUCGCCAAUCGCCUUAACGAUGCAUCGAAGAAUAUUACAGUUCUAGCACCACGCAACAGUGCAAUUCAAGCUCUUCCCCGGAAGCCCUGGGAGAAUCCAGAGGACUACAAGAAAUUCGGAGAGGUAAAUGCAUAUGAGGGGCAGGAUGGGCAAGAUCGGGCAAAGCGCAAUCUGCAGCGAUUUGUGGAGGCACAUCUCAUCCCUGCUAGUCCCUGGAGAGUUGGGGAAGAGGUUGAGACACUUGCAGGGGAGAAGUUGAAAUGGACGAAGGAGGGCGAUAAGAUUUUUAUCCAACCUGGCAACAUUGAAGUUAAUUCAGUUGCGGAGAAGGUCCAUAAUGGGGAAGUCUGGGUCUUGAAUGAUGUUAUUAAUUACCGUCAAGGGUGA